AUGCAGGCAUGCGGGGGCGCCGUGGCGGGACGCCGGGCCUUCGACAGCAUCUGCCCCAACAGGAUGCUGGAGCUGCGGGGCCGGCCCUUCGGCAAACCUGAGAAGCUAGAGAGGAAGUUCGCCCCUCCGCGGAAGUUCUUUCCUGGUUGCAGCGGCGGCAGCUCGGUGUCGGUAUACGAGGAUCCCCCCGACGCGGAGCCCGCUGCGCUGCCAGCCCUCACCACCAUAGACCUGCAGGACCUCGCCGACUGCUCCGCGCUACUCGGGUCCGACGCGCCGCCUAGUGGUGACUCGGCCGCCUCGCAGAACCAUUCUCUGCAAACUGCAGGGGACUUCGAUCUGCAAGAUUUCAGAGACACCGUGGAUGAUCUCAUUGCAGACUCAACCUCUUUGAUGUCGCCUUCCCUGGCCGGCGGAAACUUCCCCUUUUCUCCUUGCGACGUAUUGCCGUUCGGGUCCUGUCUCUCCCCGCCGCUGGACCCACGGGCCCUGCAGUCACCGCCGCUGCGCCCUCCGGACGUGCCUCCCCCGGAGCAGUACUGGAAGGAGGUGGCCGACCAGAACCAGAGGGCGUUGGGGGACGCGCUCGUUGAGAAUAACCAACUGCACGUGACGCUGACCCAGAAACAGGAGGAGAUCGCCUCGCUCAAGGAGCGGAACGUGCACCUGAAGGAACUCGCCAGUCGGACCCGGCACCUAGCCUCGGUGCUGGAUAAACUGAUGAUCACGCAAUCCCGGGAUUGCGGGGCGGCAGCAGAGCCCUUCCUGCUCAAGGCAACUGCCAAAAGGAGCCUGGAAGAGCUGUUCAGCGCCGCGGGGCAGGAUUGCGCGGAAGUGGACGCCAUCCUGAGGGAGAUUUCCGAGCGCUGCGAUGAAGCGCUGCAGAGCCGCGAUCCUAAGCGGCUUCGGCUGCAGCCGGAUCCCGCGAGCACGGACGGCAGGCCCGGGAACCUGCACGGCGCCUUCCGAGGGCUGCGCACGGACUGCAGCCGGAGCGCGCUGAACCUGAGCCACAGUGAGCUGGAGGAGGGCGGCUCCUUCAGCACCCCCAUCCGCAGCCACAGCACCAUCCGCACCCUCGCUUUCCCCCAGGGCAAUGCCUUUACCAUCCGGACAGCCAACGGGGGUUACAAAUUCCGCUGGGUCCCCAGUUGAGCUGGGUUGUGAUCCUCCAAAACACUGCCCUGUAUCCUGGCUGAAGCGCCUGGAGGCUAAGCGGGAGUAGCUGGAAUUGUUUUCUGAACCUGGCUUCUCAGAAGAGCUCCCCCUGCAGGGGGAUUCACCCUGAAAAUUAUUUUUUUUUCCAGAAAAAAAAAAAGUCUUGAUACUGAUGCACUGUCAAGUUCUGGUACAAAAUGCUGAAUAGUCCCUCCCCUUUUCACAGCAAAACUCUCUCUGUGUGUGUAUGUAUAUGUAUGUGCAUACACACAUAUAUAUGUAUCACAGUCAAUUUUAAAAGUAUUGGUUUUUGAAUUAUGUACUUUUUAGAGCUGGAAGGGACUUAGAAACCACUUAGCUAUUUUACAAUUAUAUAAUGUCCUAGAUUUAUAAGAAGGAAAAGGCGGGUCUAAGAGAUUAAGUCAUUUUCUACAAUGAGCAUUAUUGGAAACUUCCAGUUGCUCUCACUGGUCAUUUAAGGAUUGUAGGCCCAGAAGCCAGGUCUCUGGGUGAACGUUUCAAUACAUCGCUCAACUUUCCCCGGUCCUGGAAGGACACUUAAUUUUGUUACUAUUGAAAACUUUUAUUCUAGCUGUCAUAAUAAAUAAUUAGAAGUAACCUAAACACUUGCCUUAGGACAGGCAAUAAACUAGAGAAAAAUGCAAAGUCUCAGAGGCAAUGAGUUAUUGACAAAAUGGGUGCUAAACACGUUCGUAGUGAUUAUUCGUAUAAUUUUGUAAGAUUUAUGGCACAUGUUUAUAAUUACAUAUACAGUUUUCUCUAAACAGAAUAACCACACAAAGCAAACUUUGUUAAUAAGAAACAUAGUUGUUUUAAGAAAAUGGCAUAUCUCACAUGAAAAAGAGUCCUCAUAUUUUUUUGCUAGAAACCAAGUGGGUAAAUCUCGGUAAAAGUGAAAUUAUCUAUUGGAAUUCCAUGGAUAAAACUGGGGUGCACAUUCCUGUUUUGUAUUUCUUGGCUUGAUCUUCUAAGAAAGGCUUACGUGUCAUAUAGGGCCUUCACUUGGACUUUUCUUCUGUACCCUUCCCUCUGGGGUUCCUUUUUCUACUCUAUUGUGAAAUUAUGCAAGUAGCAUAUGUCAAGUAGUGAUUUGUCCCGACGUCCACAGUUCUCAACAUGAGAGCUACUUCUUGCAUUUGGGGGCUCAGCUUGGGCAAGUUUCCAACCCUGUUAUGCAGCAUGGCUGGUUCAGCCAUCUGAGUGGAGAGAUCAGGUAACAGGUGAGCAGAACCUGCUCAUCCAGUUUAUUAUGUGCACUGUUAUCUGAAUUUA